AUGUCCGAUAGUAAGCCAGCGUUUCUAAGCGAUGAAUUAUCAAAACGGACCUCAAUUUUCGGUUUACGUUUGUGGGUUAUUGUUGGAAUUUGCGUUGGUGCUGCAAUUGUCAUUUUUCUCUUUCUCAUCUCUCUGUGGAUCACCUCAAGGCGCAACAGCAACAAGAAAACGUUGUUAUUGACCCACAAAAAUUCCAACAUCCCAAAAGUCUCCAGAGAAAUCCAAGAAAUUCGGGUCGACCCUUCCCGGAACCCGGAAACCAACCCCAAGCUGCUCCUUCCUGCCCCGGGACCCAAAUUGCAGCUUCCUGAACCAGGCCCAGUCGAGGACCAGAAAAUCCAUGUUGAGAUUGGCAAGGGUCACCGGAUUGCUUGCCCGGAAAAGGUCGGGCAGGGCUCUGGAUCAGGCCAUGGGAGUGGGGAGGCCCGACCCCUUGCAGAAUCUGGGGCUGGAAUGGCUGUGCCGGAGGUUUCUCAUUUGGGAUGGGGUCAUUGGUACACUCUGAGGGAGCUUGAAGAGGCCACUGAUGGAUUUGCUAAUGACAAUGUGAUUGGUGAAGGUGGCUAUGGGAUUGUUUAUCAUGGUCUCAUGGAGGAUAAAACUAGAGUUGCUGUCAAAAAUUUGCUCAAUAACAGAGGUCAAGCUGAGAGAGAAUUUAAGGACCGCAGAGCUGGAAGAGAACAUGGUCGAUCACAUCGUGAUAGCCUCAAGGAGAGGGUAAUAGAGAAACACAUCAUGGAACCGGGCGACAGUAGUGGAUAUGAAAGCAGCAUCCAAACUGACAGGUCUUUGUUGAGGAAGCCAGAAACCGACGAAGAAAAGUAG